AUGAGUUCCACGCUGGGGAUGCUGCAGCCUGGUGCCACCGUGGCCCUGCGGGUCUGUGUACGGCCUGAGGUGCCCAUCCUGUGGCUCUGGGGGCUGCUGGGUGAGCGCAGUGCUGACUGUCCACACCUGGCGACUGCCCCAGGUUCCAGCAGGCGAGCGGCCAGUGGAGCUGAGCUACACAUUGGAGACCUGGGCCUGGUUGGACACUGGUACCACUGCUGCGUGGUGAGUCGUCAUGGCCAGCAGUACCGUGUGUUCCUGUUUGAUGAGGGCUGCACAAUUGUCACAUCUGCCUGUUACCUGGUGCAGGGUUUCAAGGAGCUUUUCCACCUGCCCCCAGAAGUGCUGGGCUUUAUUGUGGCUGAUGUCCUGCCUGCUGGAGGUUCCAGGGUGGCAACCUAUGAGAAUGUACCAGGCUCCACCUGGACAGUAGAAGCUAUGGAGUUCCUCAGCUGCCUGCAUGGCAAGGAGGUGUCUGGUCUGGUGCAGGAGGUUGUGAUACCCCAGCUCAUAGUGCUUCAGCUACCCCAGCUUGUGACGCAGAUGCAUCCCCUAGGCCUAGCCAGGCAGGUCCCUCCCAGUUGGUUCUGCUAGGUUCUGAGAUGGUGCCUAACUUCUGGCCACUUAAGGAAUCAGUUCAAGCUGCAGCCUCUAGCACAUUCCCUUGUAACAUCUGCAGUGACACAGCUGCUUAGUGUUUUGCUCUCAUAUCAGCUUGUGACACCUGCCUUGGAUUACUUCUACCCACAGCUUCAGGUGGGUGUGAAGGAGCCUGUCUUAGUAACCCACGUUUCUGACCCACACCACAUCUACUGUCAGUUGCAGAGCCUGUCCCAGGAGAUCCAUAAUCUCUCUGUUAUUAUGUGGCGCACUUAUGAUCAGUGGGAGCUGGAUUUAUUGCCCAAAGUGGGCUCACUCUGUGCUGUCCGUGGCAUAGAUGGCCAGUGGUACCAUGCACUCCUGCUGGAGCAAAUGGCUCUAGUGAUCUUUGUGGACUAUGGCAAGAAGGAGACUGUGACCAGAGCUAACUUGUGUCAUUUGCCUGCUGAGUGUUUUCGCAUGCCUGUGGUGACAUACGCAUGUGCUCUUCAGGGUAUCUCAGAUGGGGGUCAUGGCUGGUCCCCAUCGCAAACCGAGGAGCUGAAAGCAUUGGUGCUAGGCAAAGGAGUGAGUGCUGUCAUCAAGGCAUUUAAUUCCUUUGAGCAUCUCUAUUAUGUGAUCUUGUAUGGGGAACAUGGCACCAACUUAAACCAUCUUUUUGGAGUGCAGGCAUGCUGCCUAGUGAGCCAAACUGAGGCUGGGGAGCAGCUAGAAGAGUUUGCAGCUGAAGAGUUGGAAUUGCUACCAGGAGUACCUCCUGUUGCUUUAAUUCACAAAGAUUUGGCCUCUGUUCCUGUAGUUGGUGUUCAUCUGAAGCUGGAUGUGUUCUAUAAUGUGCAGGUCUCUCAUGUCCAAGACCCAUCUGAGUUCUGGCUGCAGCUCCAUGAGCAUUGCCAGCUCCUCAGGAAGCUGAAGCAGAACAUACGGAAUUUUUACUCUCAUGCCACAAAGUUGGGUGGUGCUGGGUGGGACCUGCAGCCUGGAUCCCUUUGUUGUGCUAGUGGGAAAGAUGGUGCCUUUUAUAGAGCGGUGAUCACCAGGGUACUGGACAGUGGGGUACAAAUACACCUGGUGGACAGAGGCAAUUUGGAAACCAUAAAUCGGUGUGUGGUGAAGGAGCUGCUGCCUUGCUUCAGGGAACUACCUGCUUUAGCUCUCAAGUGUUGUUUGGCAGGUGCCUCCCCUUUGGGAGGGACUUGGAGUGAAUCAUCAGUGUCUGCCUUCAGAGAGAUUGUACUGGACAAGGGACUAAAGGUUCAUUGUUUGGAUACGCAGGGUGACAAAUACCUGGUUGAAACCUUUGACCAGUCCCGAUUAGGGGAGAAAAGUGUAAGUAAACUCAUGGCCAGAGGGUAUGCUGAAUACCAGAGGUGUGAAAUACUUGAAAGUCUUCAGAAAUCAUCUGAUGAGGCUGUGAGUCAGGCUUCUGCCCCAGCAUGUGCUAGGGAGGAAUACCAAAUAAAUGCAGCAAAGAAGCUGCCAGAAGAAUCUAAUCUAAAGAGACGUGAUAGAGCACUUAAUCCUCAGGUGGCUGUGAUGGUCAGAGAGAGCCCUGUGGCAGAUGUUCACAAUUCUAAAAGGAAUGAGUCUGUUGCUGCUCAGACCUAUGAUGGCAAGGAAAAUCUGCCUGUCUCUUUGAGACGGGCUUAUGUGGAAAUGAAGUCAAGCUCCUCUUACAGAGGUCAGUUAGAAGUGGGAAGUACAGUUAAUGUAGUUGUGUCUUAUGUUGAAAAUCCAAGUUACUUUUGGUGUCAGUUAAGUGGAAAUAACCAUGACCUUGAGUUAUUAAUGAAUGAAAUUCAGGAGUAUUGCAAAAAUUCAUCCCACCCCCAUGCUUGGCCAAAUUCUGUAUGUUUAGCCCGGUACUCAGAGGAUGAAAAUUGGUACAGGGCUUUAAUUACUGGUGAAGUCCCUUCUGCAGAAAAAGUAGAAGUCAUGUAUGUUGACUAUGGCAACAGAGAGCUGGUCUCUCUAACAAACCUCCGCUCAACUAACGAAUGCUUUCUUAGGUUAGAGGCUCAGGCUUUCAGGUGCAGCCUUUACAACAUAAUCCAAGCAAAUGAUCAGGAUCCAUUUGCUUGGAGUACAGAAGCGAUUCAGAGUUUUCAGGAGUUUGUUGAUGCAUCUUCCUCUCAUGUUGAAAUGAAAUGUACAAUAUUUGCCUUGGCUUCAGUAAGAGAUAAGGAACUGUUUAACAUUGUAGACUUAAGGACACCUUUUCAGAGUGCUUGCCAGUUUUUGACUGAAGGUGUGGCCAAGCAUUUGUCUCCUCAGAAGUGUCUGAUACCCUCGUUUCAGCUUCAUUCUUACUACUACUCUAUGCAUGAUAUCAAAAUUGGUAGUGAGGAAGACGUUUAUAUUGCACACGUUGAAGAUCCAUGGACAUUUUACUGCCAACUUGAAAGACAUGCAGAUGUCUUAGCACAGCUUACUGAUGACAUCAGUCGCUUCUGUGAAACAGUGACUAGCUUAAAAACCUUGCAAAAGCAUGGGAGCUUGUGUCUAGCAAAGUAUACUGAUGAUCAGUGGUACAGGGGAGUAGUUACACAAACAAACCCUAAUAUGGAAGUGUUCUUUGUGGAUUUUGGGAAUACAGAGACCAUAGAGAAUGAUCAGCUGCUAUAUUUACCCAGUGAAGCUUUUGAUAUCUUGUUUUUGCCAAUGCAGGCCAUAAAAUGCUCCUUACCUAAUAUAGCUCAUGUUCCCAAAGAAGCUACAAUGUUUAAGCAAGCUGUCUUAGAAAGGCAAUUAAAAGCGAUAGUGGUAGGAAGGGAAUCUGAUGAAACUGUUGAGUUAUUUCAUGGCAGUACUCAGAUUAAUGCAAAACUGAAGGAGGAGUUAAGGUUAAUAAACAACACAGGAUUGUGUAGGCAUGUAGAAAAUGAAACUUUGUGCUCUAGAAAUACAGAUGUAAAUGAGAUGAAUGAGCCUGCAGAAUCCCUUUUAUAUACAGGUAGUCCUGUAGAAGGAAAAAAAUGCACAUCUGAAGCCCAAGGAGGAGGUGUCACUAGCAAAGGUCUCUUCAAAGAUGAUGCAAACCUUUUCCAGUCUGCUAGGAAGGGAUAUCUGGCAGCUGGAUCACCAGAAUCUGAUGAAAUGCUUAGCAGUAAGAAGGAUUCUUUUUUGUUAGAUAAAGUGGGGGAGGAGUCUCUGCUCUCUGUCCAGGUGGGUACACAGUCAGAUAUUAAAACUGAUGCCAAAGAUGGGUCCAUAAUGCUUACAAAUGCUUCUGAUCUACUGCAACAGAAGAUAGUCCCAGCUCUUAAAGUGUUAGUGUAUGUAUCUCAUGUAAAUGAUCCACUGGAUUUUUAUGUUCAGCUGGAAAGUGAUGAGACUCAGCUUAACAGCAUUUCAGAAUGCUUAAACAAUAGGACACCAACAAAGAAGUCUUGUGGACAGCCUUUUCAAGUAGGAGACCUAAUCAGUGCUGUUUAUCCAGAAGACAGUCUGUGGUAUCAAGCAGUAGUAAAAGAGAAGUCUUCUAACAAUUCAUUAAGCAUACAAUACAUUGAUUAUGGUAAUACUUCAGUAAUUAAUGCUGGUCAAGCGCACAGACGCCCUGAAGAGUUGUUGUCUAUUCCUGCAAUAAGCACUCACUGCUGCCUGCGUGGAAUUAAAUGCAAGAAAAAUAUUGACUGGGCAGAGAAAGCAGUCUUCAUCAGGAGAACAAGUGAAGUUCUGCUAACGUGUGAAUUUGCAGAGAAGGUUGAAGAUAAAUGGGAAGUUUUUCUCAGUGAUCAUCAAGGUAUAAUAACAGUGGAUUUAGCUGAUGAAAAUCUUACAAGUAGGGAAAGAACUUGUUCAAGAGAGAUACUUGAUAGAAAAGAGAACAGUGACAUGGUAAAUGUGUGUGAGCCUUUGCUGCCUCAGGCACAGAAUGAAAUUUCCUGUGUAAGUGAUUAUAAAACAUUUGUCUGGAAGCUUCCAGUGGCAGGUCAAACUGUAAAAAAUUAUGUCACAGUGGCAGAUGGUCCAGAAUACUUUUGGAGUCAGAAUGCUGAUACAGAAGACAUGGACUACAUAGAGGAAAAAAUACAGGAAGCUGAAAACCUUGGACUAAACUGUUUGAAGGAUUGUAUUAGAAGUGGUGAUAUUUGUCUAGUAAAAUAUAGUGAAGAUGGAAAGUUCUACAGAGCUAAAGUCAUCAGUGUGAACGGUGAUGUUGUAGUUGUAAGACACGUGGACUAUGGAAGUGAGGAAGCUGUUAGCAUGACAGUGGUCAAACAGAUUCCACAUGAAUUGCUCAAAGUACCUAGUCAAGCAUUUGCUUGUUGUCUGUCAGGUUUCUGUUCCUCAGAGGGCUCAUGGAUUAGUGAAGCAAAAGAAAAGUUUUAUGGUAUGACCAAAGACCUCUUAUUAAAGAUUGAAGUAAUGGAAACUCAGGAAGAUAAAUCUUUUGAAGUCCCUGUGUCUGUUGUCAAGCUGGAAGCUUCUGGCAAGAAUAUCAACGAAGAGAUGAAGUCUUUUUGGAAGGCCUAUGGUGUAACUGGUGACAGUGCUUUCUUAAACUUUGAGGACCUCUUAAAGGAAGACAGGUGUUCAAACAAUGAUGUGGAUCUUUGUCUCAAAAAAGAAACUACUGGUAUUUGUUUAUUAGCUCAAGAAGAAAGUGAAAGCUUGCUUUGUUCUCACCCUUUCCUGGGUGUGACUUCAGAGUCUUUAAAUAUCAUAGAAGCAAAUGCAUCAGUGGAAGCUGCUGAGUAUGUGUCUGGGAAGGCUGAUGAUGGACGUGAAAUAGCUGAGUAUCAAAGUAACUUUGGUAAAGAAACGUCUGAAGAAGACAGCAGUAACAAUGUGUUAGUAGAAACAAUGAGAGGCUGUAGUCUUCAUAUUUUGGGGAGUGAGAUGAAAGCUGCAGAACAAGAAUUAUCUGGAGAAAUGUUUCAAGAGGCUGCUGAUCUGAAAGCAGAACUGACAGGCAGUGCUUCUGAAAGCAGGCUUUUCCUAGGAAACAAACAAGAACCACAAAGAUUGCCAGUGCUCCAGGUAGAGUCUUCAAGUGAUGAAACAGGGACAUUAGUAGAACUGGAUAAAUUACAAAUGUACCCUUCGUAUGAUGAUCUGAAAGAGUUCAUAGUGGAGCUAAAUGCACUUCCGGUGCAAUCUUCCUGUGAUGAAGAAACAAAGAAAACUCUGGAAACAGAGUCACUUGAAACACAGAUAGCUCUGGGCAGCGAAGCAAGAGAGGAGGUAUUGGAAUGGGAAUCAUUUGAUCUGCAAGUUGUGAGUGAGCAGAUGGGGGAGUUGGAAGCUCUGAAAUUUGAAAUCUCACCUCACUUAGAGAGAGAGAACUUGUUGCCUCCGUUUAGUGAUGGAGAGAAGACAGUAGAGUUGAUUCCAUCUGAUGUUCAGCUUUUUGGAAAAAAGGAAGAGAAAUUGGAAUUGAAUUUGUCUGUAAUUCAUAAAGCACAAGACUGGAUGGAAGUAGAGACUUCUCGCCUGAGGCUGUCUUCAUCUGGUGAUAGUCAUGACAAAAACCUGGGCCUGAAGACUCAUGACGUGCUAGGUGCUGAAAUUGAGCAGCUUCUGAAACUGAUGCUACCUGAUGUGCAGCUGUCUCAGGAAGAUGGGGAGGAUGAUUCAUUAAGGUUGAAAAAUGCUUCACCGCAAAGAUCAAAUAGUGGAAGUCAGCUUUCAUUUCUUACAAAAGACUUAACCAAUCAGAGGCCUGUUUGCACUGUAAAAUCAGGUGACUACGAAGCUGACAAAUGUAAGGAAUGGCAGAAGAAGAAAGAGGACUGUUAGGUGGAAGAAUGGAUGAAACAAGACUUGACUCAGUUAUUUAAAGAAUGUGGAAAUACACCUGUGCAGUCUUCAGACUGUAAGCCUGGAGAUGAAGAAGUGGAAAAAAGGCAAAAUGAGAACUUGACUGACUGCAGUGCAGAAUACAGUGAGUAUACUUGUAACCUGAAGGGCUUUUCUGUUGGUUCUGAAUGUGUGGUGUGGACCUCUCUAAAGUGGUGCAAGGCUCGCAUUUUGGGGGUAUCUGAAGAAGGUACCAGGGUCUGGAAUCUCUCCAGUGGCAGUGAGGAGAUUGUGGACCCUAAGAACAUAUGGAAUGGCAUUCCUGACUGGGCUUGCAGAUCAUCUGAGGCAACAGCCCUUGCAACAGAAAACUUGCAGUCCAUAUCAGAGGUGUUCUUACUUCCAGAAACACAAACUGACCGCAGUUCAGAUUUAGCUGAAGAUCCUGACAUCCUCCAACAUUCCUGA